AUGGAAAUCUCAAACAAUGCCAAACAACUUUCUCCAAAUUUUCUGACUGUUGAAGAGGUAUGGGGGAGAAAUGCUUACCCGGUACGACCGAGUCCUGGGAGCCGUGGUGGUGGGGGGAGUGUAGAUGGGUCCGGGGCAGAGAUUCGCUUGCCAAUGUUCUCUCGCUUUGGGCAGAGAUUCGCACAGAUUCCUUUAUGCCAAGCUCACAACAGGGGGAUUAGGGCCAGAGAUUUGAAGUUCGGACUUUUUUCUUCACACAGGUUGCAGGCAGAUCAUUCUUUAUUUACCCUCACCACCUCCACCAGCAUCGUUCUUGUUCUUGUUUAUGUUGAUGACAUCCUCAUUGCUGGUAACGACCUUUCUCAGAUUGAGAUUUUUAAGAAAAUCCUCUCCACUCACUUCAAAACAAAGGAUCUCGGUUCUCUGAAGUACUUUCUUGGACUCGAAGUUGCACGGUCUUCCACAGGCAUCUUCCUUAAUCAACGCAAAUAUGCCCUCGACAUUCUCUCUGACAAUGGACAACUUGGUGCACGGACUGCUCUUUUUCCUAUGGAGCAACAUUUGAAGCUUACUACUCAAGAUGGCAACCUUCUCCCUGAUCCUGGCCUUUAUCGUCGUCUUGUUGGUCGCCUUAUCUAUCUGACCAUCACCCGACCAGAUAUUGUUUAUGCAAUCAACACACUCAGUCAGUUUAUGCACGCUCCUCGAGUUCCCCACAUGACUGCUACUAUUAGAGUUCUCCGCUACAUCAAAGGUUGUCUGGGUCAAGGCAUCUUCUUUCCUUCAUCCAACAAUACUCAUGUUUCAGCUUAUACAGAUUCUGAUUGGGCCAGCUACCCCACCACCCGCCGUUCCACCACCGGCUACUUUAUUCAGUUAGGCACCAGUCCGAUCUCAUGGCGCACCAAGAAACAAAGUACAGUUUCUCGUUCUUUUGCUGAAGCUGAGUAUCGUGCUAUGGCCGUUACCACCUGUGAACUCACCUGGUUAAAACAGCUUCUCACUGAUCUUGGUGUUCCUCAUCCCGAGCCUUUUACUCUCCAUUGUGACAAUCAGUCUGCUUUGCAUAUUGCUCACAAUCCUGUGUUUCAUGAGCGCACCAAACACAUUGAGAUUGAUUGCCAUAUCAUUCGUGACAAAAUUCGCUCAGGGCUCCUCAAAGCUGUCCACACUUCUUCAACUGAACAACUUGCGGAUAUCUUCACCAAAGCUUUGGGACAUGACCUUUUUCAUCAUUUCUCGCGCAAGUUGGGCAUUACGGAUCUCCAUGCGCCAACUUGA